GUUUCCCGCCCCGGGCCGUGAGGGGAGGCGGGGCGGCCAUGAAGUGCGUGAUUGGGGGGGCGCAGCUCCGAGUGUUUGGAAGAGCAAUCCAUGCCAUAGCACGUAUUAGUGAUGAAUUUUGGUUUGACCCCGUAGAAAAAGGUCUUGCCUUAAGAUCAGUGAAUUCCUCGAGGUCAGCAUAUGCCUAUGUCUUCUUCUCAUCCAUGUUUUUCCAACAUUACUGCUGGACAGCUGUGUCUGAUCCCUGUCACAAGGAGAAGGAGUUAUCCCUCCCGUGUAAACUGAUAGUUAAGGCAGUUCUCCCUGUAUUUAGAUGUGCCAACGUGCUGGGAAGGAAUGUAGAGAAGUGCAGCAUCUCUACCAGCCCCAGUGAUCAUCACAUCACCUUUCAGCUCCUCUGCAAACACGGUGUUGUAAAAACAUAUAACCUGACAUUUCAGGAAUGUGAUCCCUUGCAGGCUGUUUUUGCAAAGCACAUGUGUCCAAACAUCCUUAAAGUCCACUCCAGGCUGCUGGCUGAUGUGAUGAUUCACUUCCCAACCAGCCAAGAAGAAAUAACCUUAUCAGUUACUCCAGUGAAAGUUUGUUUCAAGAGUUACACUGAGGAAGACACUGACUUUUCCAGGACGAUGGUUACUGAGAUUCACCUCAGUCCAGAGGAAUUUGACUACUUUCAAGUUGGAGUAGAUUCUGAAGUGACAUUUUGCCUUAAAGAGUUGAGGGGCCUGCUGGCGUUUUCCGAAGCCACCGGUGUUCCCGUGUCCAUCCACUUUGACAGAUGUGGGAAGCCCAUUGCUUUCAGCAUUGAGGACGUGCUGCUGGAGGCCAGCUUGAUCCUGGCCACCCUGUGUGAGGCUCAGAAGGAGGCAGAUUCCCAGGAGCGCUGCUGCCCACAGCAGUGGGGCAGCUCAGAGACACAUCCUGAUAAACCCUCUGGGGAUGAGCCCAACAGCACAGACAUUUCCAAACAUCCCCAGCGGGAUGGGAAUGCUCCCACCAAUCCCGUGGCUAAACAAGAGGUAAAAAGCAUUCCCAGAGUCACGGGGAGGGAUGUGACAGGAAGAGCAGGAACAGCCACGGCCGAGGCAGCAGGAGAGGCCACGGAGGCUCCUUAUCAGAAGUUCCACUCCUUGUUUUUUGGAGCUGUUUCCUACAAGGAGAAGGAUGCCACGGGUCACACCUUCCAGAGCUUGGCGACAGCCAGUGACACCGAGGAGGACCUGGGCCCCUUGCAGAGCUCCCCGGUGCUGUAGGGCACGAGGGCUUCGGGCCCAAGGACAGGCUUGGGCACUGCCUGGGAGGGAAGGGCAGGGCAGGCCCACAGUCGGUGCCUGCUGCUGUGACACAGCAGCACAGACUGUUCCAGAACUGCUGCUGCUCUUGGACUGUCCCAGAUUUAGGUCACGACUGACUCAUCUGAGGUUUGUGUGUUACGAGUUCUGCAGGAACAGUCUGGGGGUUCUGCUCUCAGAACACUCUCAGUGGAGACUGAGAGCGUCCCACAGUUUGAAUUCAAACCCUGUUACCACUUCAGGCAAAUGAAGCUGCUAUUCUAGUUAAGGGUGCUGGAAAAAUAUCCCAUCCAUCCCCUCUGGCACAGCCAGACCCAGCCCAGCUCCAGGAUAACUCAGGAUUUUACAGAAACUCUGUAGAACCAGCAUUUAACUGAACAACCCAAGUUGUCACAGAACCACAGUUUAAGAAAUAAAGGUUUGUGUUUCAGACUUGAGUUAUUCUUUUCCCUCCCCGCGUCUCUUCCACAAGUCAGGGGCAGUGCAGUAUUUCCAAAGUCACACAACACCAAAAUUCCCA